AUGGCGUCCAGGGGUGCCCUCAUCGCCAUCGAGGGUUGUGAUCGCUCUGGCAAGAGCACGCAAGCUGCCCUUCUCGUUCAGCGUCUCCGCGAUGCCGGGGUGCCCACGGAGCUCGUCAAGUUCCCCGAUCGCACCACCGUCAUCGGCAAGAUCAUCGAUCGCCAUCUGAAGGGCGACGCCGAGCUCGACGACCACAGCAUCCACCUCCUCUUCUCGGCAAAUCGCUGGGGCUUCAAGGCCUGGAUGGAGCGUCAGCAGCGCGCCGGGGUGACGCUGGUGCUGGACAGAUACGUCCACUCUGGGCUGGCGUACUCCAUGGCCCGAGGCCUCGAUGUCGAGUGGUGCAGAGCCACCGAUAUCGGGCUUCCCCACCCAGAUCUCGUCAUCUAUCUGGACGCACCACCCACCGUCGCCGCAGGGCGGGGCGGCUAUGGGGCUGAGCUAUACGAAAACGUCGAGCUGCAGCAGAGAGUGUACAACGCCUUUGCUGAAUUGCAGGAUGCGAGCUGGGUGGUCCUCGACGCCAGCCUGCCUCCGGAGAACGUGGCCAAGGAGGUCCUUGUCGCUGCCCAGCGCUGCGUUUCGCUGCCUUGA